UGCUUUGAGAAGCUGUUCUGCUCUACUCUCCUGAACAGAUAUGGAUAUGGAUAUAAAAAUUGAGUUUUUUGGCUUUGGGCUGGCCUGUGCAGGGUGGUUUAGUGCUAUCCUCACAAGAUUUCUGCCCAUGUGGAACGUAAGUGGAACGGUAGACAACACCACAACAACACUUCCAUUAUACUGGGAUGGAGUGUGGCUAAACUGGCAACACCACCGGACUGGCAGCCUCCAAUGCACCUUCUAUCAGACUCUACUACCUCUAACUGAGCAUUUCACCACCUGGAAAAUCCUCCUCAUCACGUCCAUAGGAAUGGGAUUUAUCGCAACGGCAGUUUACCCUGUAGGAUGGAUAAGAUAUCCUAAGAAUGUACGGUUUAAAGCAGCUUCUGGGCCGGCGUUUGUAAUUUGUGGGCUGCUGUUACUGGUGGUGAUCUCCUGGGCUACACAUUUAACGGAGGGGGAUUUGGAGAUUGGUGUCUCCCUGACACGGGAAUGGGCAGCAGCAAUCUUCAUUGGCUGGGUGGGCACGGCACUGCUUAUGGUGGGUGGUGGAGUGCUGAGCAUUAUUUGCUUUAAAGCAGUAUGGAAGCAAAGAGAGGAAAGGAGACCAGCAACUUUAGAGCCAGGGGUACAGGAUCCACUCCACACCAUAAACAGUUCUGCAUUUAUACAAACCCCACUUACUGGAUGAAUAUAUUCAUUUGAUUUUGUUAGACAAUGAACGUCAGAAUGUUGGUGCUUUUAUUCAAGGAAUUAUUUUGACAUUUUAAGGAAUCGAUGUUCAAAGAACCUCAAUUGGUCAUGUUGAAUCGCUCUGAUUUUAGGCAAAAAUGUAAGGCAAUUUAGGCAAUUGGCAUUUUGACAAAUAGUGAUCUUUACGAUUACUGUAUAAUUAGUGAUAGGCCGAAAUAUCGGCCUGGCCAAUUAAUCGGCAGGUAUUUGGCCAUUUAGAGGUUACCGGCAUCAGCCAAUUGGCCAAUUAGAAAUAGUAAUUCCAUAUUUUUUCAAAGAAUCUUGAGUAAAUAUUGUGUAAAUUUGCUAUCGUUCAAUUGUAUAUACACUCACUGAGCACUUUAUUAGGAACACCUACUUAUAAAUGCGAUUAUCUAAUCAGCCAAUCGUGUGGCAGCAGUGCAGUGCAUAAAAUCAUGCAGAUAUGGGCCAGGAGCUUCAGUUAAUUUUCACAUCAACCAUCAGAAUGGGGAAAAAAUAUGAUCUCAGUGAUUUGGACAGUGGCAUGAUUGUUGGUGCCAGACAGGUUGGUUUGAGUAUUUCUGUAACUGCUGAUCUCCUGGGAUUUUCACACACAACAGUCUCUAGAAUUUACUCAGAAUGGUGCUAAAAACAAAAAUACAUCCAGUGAGUGGCAGUUCUGCAGACAGAAACACCAUGUUGAUGAGAGAGGUCUACAUAGAUUGGCCAGACUGGUUUGAGCUGACAGAAAGUCUACGGUAACUCAGAUAACCGCUCUGUACAAUUGUAGUUAGCAGAACUUGCUUUGCAUCAAACCUUGAGGCGGACACUUUAUUAGCACCAUAGUGUUCCUAAUAAAGUGCUCAGUGAGUGUGUGUAUAUAUAUAUAUAUAUAUUAUGAUAUAGAUAAUAAUAUAUAGAUAUUGAUAUUAGCAUUGACAAUUAAAAAACUCAUAUUGGUCCACUACUGCUUGUAAUUAACCAUUACCAACCAUUCAAAAUGUUGCCAUUUCAUCUGCCAAUGAAACCCCUGAAACAACUACUUUGAAAAACUUUUUUAAUUGUUUUUAUUGACACAUUAUUUGUUUAAAGUUGAUUAAAGAAUAUCUGGCCAUAUUCCUGUUUAAAGGUUCAUUAUUUAAAAUAUAUAUUUUUAAAUGUGUACAAAUAUCAAGAAGCAAUCUAUUAUUCACCCAUAGCAUCCAUCUAACAAAACAAUUUUCACAGAAAACAAAAUCCCUUAUUGCUUAACCUAAACUAUUUUUUGGGAUUAUUUAUUUUGCACAAUUGGCAGAUUUCUGCCUAUUUUGUCUUUCUUUUUAAGAACUUUUAUCAAAGCUGCAAUACAGUAUAUUUUCUGGUUAAAAAUUAACAAAAUUUUAAUGCUAAGUACAAGAAAAAAAAAUAUGUUCAAAACCCUGUUUUUACCUCAAUACAGUUAGCCUACAAUAAUGACUUAUAUUUUGAGAAGGGCUGUCAAUUGAAUUAAAUACGUGGUAUGCAAAUUCAUCAAAUUAAUCGCAUACAUAUUUGCUGAGAAAGCCUUCAAAUAACAAUAAUUUCAUUUAUAAUUAUUAAAUAAUAUAUUAUAAAUUGGUUGCGUCAUAAACAUCCCGUUGUUAGGUCGCUGUGUCAAGUCAAAUGAAGUUUGAAACGUAGAAAAACACGUGAGUUCUGAUUUGCUCUCCAUCAAGCUGUAGCUGGGUUUCCAUCAAAUUGGUUUGCAUUUUUAAUGUGCAUUUCUGAAAAUUCUACUGAAGAAAAUGCUAAACAUUGCAUGUUUCCAUGAACUGUAAAUGCGCAUUAUCUUGAGGGAGCCCGCCUUUUUGUCAUGGAGCAGCUGAACGACCUCUAUACCAUCCGACGAGUGCAUUGCUAUCGCACUUUACAAAUGGUCAUGACACGUCAUCAUUGAUGCAAAUAAGCCGUUUACAUCACUUAAAUGCAAAUUUUGAGAGUUUACUCGUAUAUCAAGCAUUUUCAAAAUGCGCAUUAAAAACAGUUGAAUGGAAACACAGUUUGAACGCAAGAACAUGUUCUCGUCUUGUGCUGUCUGCUCUCGGUGAGUGUGGUUUGUUCUCUUUAUAAGCUGCGCAUUUCCUAUACAGCUGGAGUUUCGCUUACUGCCCCCUGGAGAAAACAGCUGGUACUCCAUGCUUGAAUUGCUCAUUAGGAAGGAAUAUUCCUAAUUACGGUCCAGGGACAUAAUUAAUUGCGUUAUUGUGUAAUUAUUUAACUGUUAUUUUAUAUUUAAUUAAUCGCACAGAAUAAACACGUUAAAAUGACAGCCCUAAUUUUAAGCGGUUGGGUCGGAUUAGGCGCAAAAUGGCAGGUUUAUGUCAUUCGUCCUUGCGUGUUGUGAGAGAUUUUCUGAAGGAAUCAUAUUCACCAGUAUAAUUUUAUAUCUUAAUAUGCUUAUAAGAUGGAGAAAUGUUUGAACAAGCAUUAUACUGUGCUUAUGCUCAUAAAUGGGAAGAUGUGUUUUCAAAUUCUGCCUCAAGACUGAGAUGCACAGGCGGGUCACUGCCAGGACAGUGUGCACAUGCUGUGUUUCUUGGUGCUGAUAAAUCCAAGGUCGAGGGUUCUCCCUGCAGUGCCAACAGGUGUGGGAGGGGCAGGCAGAAACGGGGAGAUGGAAAACACACUCUUUCAUUGUUCUUGUACUUUUUAUUCAAUUACAAUAAAUAUUCUAGUUUAAGGCUUAGCUACCUUAUAGGGCUGAAAGGAUGGUGUGAUAUGAAAGGGUGGGUAACGUAGAAAUAUAAGCCUAAAAUGUGUUGAAGUAAUGAUUCAGGAGGUCUUCUGCUCACUCUGCUGAAUUACUCCGUUUCCUGCAUUGAAGAAUAAAAUAAUUAACAAGAGAGAAGAGAAACAGGCCUGGCUGUCAUUUAUUUUGGAUAAGUAAAUAAGUUAAAAGUAAUAGACAAGGGUCUUUUACAGGUAAAGCCCACCCAGGGAAGCAUGGUGGGGCUGUUCAGCCGGGAAGGUGGCUGAGACCGAACAGGUUGGGGAAACUGAUUCCUAGGAAGUAAAAAAUAUUUUCCACCAAAGUGUAUACGUCAUGUCCUAAAGCACAGAAAAGGGCCAGCUAAUGUGUUACGUGUGUGUUGGCUGGGGAAUCUGCAGCAAUUUCAGCAGCGUCACGACAGCAGUCUGGAUAUAUGUUUAACUCUUAACUGUUUGGCAAAAUUGUUUACUUGCUGUAAUGCUUGGAUGAUUUCUGGUAUGAUUGUUGUAGCUUAUAUAGGUCGUCAUGCUUAAAUGAUUAGAACAUUACUUGAGGGAUAUUGUGUUUUGAGAUCCCGAAGUUUUUAAUAGGCUACAUUUUCCUGUGAAGUUACUGUAACAUGUUUAUUAAUAUUUAUGACUUCUGAGUAUUUAUUAACAUUGUUGCAGUUUUGAGGUUCCCCAAGUAUGUGUUCCAUUGUUUUCUCAUUUAUUUGACCCCAGUCACAGAAAUGCACAAGUUGCUGUGUCACUUUCCAUUGCCCUUUUAGCAGAUAGUCUUAAAAUCCACAAUACAGUAGUACAGUGUACUACAAGGUAGUUCCCCAUAAAUGUAAUCUCAUUUCAAGUUGUUAAUUAUGUACAUAUUAAUAUGUUUAGUGUGUAACCAUCUCACUAUUAUAACUUUACUGCCAAAAAAAAUGAUUAAGUAGACUGUUUAAUAUUGCAAUUGUUGUUCUGCAUAUUUCUGCAUGUUUAAUAAGGUAUAUUUCAUCCCCAUCAUUACUGAAUCCUCUUUUUGGGUUUAAGUUUACAGUUUUAUUGUGUGCAGUAGACCUAUAUUGUAGUAUUACGGUUUACCUGCAUUGUUCACUGAGGCUGUAGAUAGUAAUAUAAAAAUAAUAAAAGGUCUUCCAUUGAACUCAUUUCAGCCAAGUUUCAUUUCUUAAAUUUGGGAUACAGUAUGUGUACAAUACAAAUAUUAAUGUGAGAUGUAUAAAACACUUGAAUAAUCAUAUUAAGAUAUGUAAAUCAAGAGCAUUGUUCAUCUUCCUAAAAACAAGUAAUACCUCAGUUAUAAAUAUAUUAUAAAUAUCUCGAUGACGCAAUUUUUUUUCCGACAUCGGCCAUAUUGCUUUUCCACCAUUUUUUAUUUAAUUUUUUUAUAAAGUAUUAUAUCUUUUAAAUGCCUUAUCAGAUUUAUAAGAAAAUUGGUAUGCGUAUUUCACAUCAUGUCCUGAUGGUACCUGAGCAUUUUCGAGACAGCGCCACAUAGUGGUCGAAAUACUUGGUCAAUUUAAACAAAACAAAAAACAAAAUUUCAGAAACAACAGCAGUAUCUCAGCAAAAGUUUUGUGUGCUGAUCAGUUGUUAUAUUUGGCAUAGUGAAGAGCAGAUUACCCAAAAACCUGCAUAUAAAACAAAACUUCAAUCCAUAGUAUUAUACAGCUCCAAAAUGUAGCCAAGCUGACAUUUAAAAUACCAUGCACUUACGUAAUCAGUUAGAAAUGUCAUAUAAUGCAUUCACCCAGAUAUUUUUGCAAUUCACUUUUACAAAAUGUAAUUUCUUCACAGCAAAAUUAAACAAUAAAGUAGACAUGAAAGCAGUGUUGUAGAACUUGAGAUCCGUCUUGGUCUCGAGACCACUUUUUGAAGGUUUCAGUCUCAUCUCGGAAACGACCACAGUUUUACUCGGUCUUGUCUCUGUCUUUAUUUCAAGACCAGGCAAGACCUCAACUGCAGGGAUAUCAGUAAAUUGCCUCUGCAUCGUCUGAUUUAUUUGUUAGCAUCAUUACUGUGAUUGGAUGUUAAAUUUCCUGCUUCAAAUGCAAGCAAUAACUUGACUCAUUUGUAAUUUGAAAUUUUUGAUACUGUUAACGGCUGUCACCCCUUCCCUUCACACGCACUCCAAGAAAGUGAAUGCGGGAGACAGGAGAAGAAACUGUGGCUGAGAGAUGUCAGACUAAUAUUCUGUAAUUCAAUUUGGCUUCCUAAUCCAGUGUUUCCCAACCACUGUGCCCAUUAGUGUGCCGUGAAUGAUUGUCAGGUGUGCCAUGGAAAAUGAUAAAAAUUCCUCAAAAUAAAUAAAUACUGUUUUUUCCCCGGUAUUUUAGUGAAGGCAUAGAGACGGUAGAAGAGUUUUAAAGUUGCCAAUUCAGUAUAUUUUAUGCAACCAGUUUAAAUAUUUUUCCAUCAUAACAUUAUUGUUCUAACAAACUCUAGUCCGCUGUCAAACGCAACUCCUUUCAUUAUCCAAUUAGCGCUCUUGGCAUCUGUGACCUCAUUAUACAGUAUACCUAUGUUACUUGCAUUGUUUGCAUAGCUGAAUUUAAAACAUUACGAGUUCACACUACUCAGACAGACAGAAAACAUGGACAAGUUCUUGAAAAGGAAAACUAUCGACGAUGGUUAUGUGGGAUAGUUGUGUACCAUGGAAAUUUUUAAUCGUAAAAAGUGUGCCGUGGCAGAAAAAAGGUUGGGAAACACUGACCUAAACCACAAAGACUUCAUCUGCAAAAUAGCAUCCAAAAGAAAAUACAUGGCUGGGACCACGUCACACUUAAGGUAAGCUAAGCUAAGUGAUGCUAACAAAGCUAGCUAGCUAACAUUAGCAAUCUGCCUCUUGCUGAUUUUCCAACUUCCUACUGGGAAAAGUGCAAUGGAACACCACUUGAAGUCGUAAUUACAACUUGGAAAGUCGUGCGUAAAUUUUACAUUGAUUUCGCCAAGAUGCAGGUGCGUGACAUCACACAAUCUUGUCGGCACCCAGGAAGAUGUACAAAAUAAGUUAUAUUUAUUAUUAAAUAAUAUCGAUAAAUUAGUCAAAGUUCCUACUUUAUAUGAUAUUAAAUCUUGUUUAACAAAUGUAAGCAGAGUAGCAGGUGUUCAAAACAUGGUAAAUUAUACUCUCUUUUGAUAAUCAUACACCUGUAGCACAAAUGCUAGCGUUGCAGAUUGUUUAUGAAUUGGGUUGUUAGAAGACAUCUCUGGUGACAGUCGAACACCUGCUAAGCUAACGGGAGCAUCAUCUUCCUUUAACGUCAUUAUCCAAGCAUCUGGCCUUUAGUUAGAGGUUGGCGAUAUCAAGUGGAAUAUCCCACAUCCGAUCUGAACGGAACGCAGCAUCUGUACCUAAACUCAUCUUCAUCCCUCACCCAAAAAGGUUUAGCGAGUAUUAGCUAUACAUAUUAGCUACCUGUGUAUUUACUCUAUUUGAGGGUGUUAGUUUCAGUUGCAGUUCAGCUAUUUGCCACCUAGCUAGUUACGUUUUUGCUUGUGAGAAUGACGAGACAGGCCACAUAAAGCUAUGAAGCUAAUGUAAAUAAAGUUACGUUACAUCAACGUUACCUAAUGUCAGCUCCGACAUAAACACUAUACGCCAAGGUAACGCUCCCUCACUUGGGUGAGAGAGCUAGAGAUGUGACAGCAGAGAGUGGAGUAAUGUGCCUCCACUAAUAUGAAAAAUGUACAUUUAAAAUAGGCUGCUUUGCUUAUGUUUGGCAUUCUUUGUUGUAUUUUCUAGAUUUAGCUAUGUGGUUAGCAAAUUACACACAUUUAUACAAGGCUUGUUAUGUUGGUUCAGAAACAACUUACUAUAUUGUUUAAGACAGAGAAAAGUGAAGACAUAAAGGUGCUAUAUGUAAGAUUGACAACAAGCGUUUGAAAUGGGCACUGCAGUCCAAAUUCAAAAUAUUGGAGAGUUGUCUGCCCCUCCCCAUACUCGAAGCUCAUGCAGGUUGCCAGAAUGUUGACACACAACAGCAUCCGCUUUAAAGGAUUUCUGGGCUUUAAGCUGUCUCCAUCUUCCAAAGGCUUCUCUAGUAUUUAUCCUUGUUUUACUAUGCCUCUGGUCAUGGUGGUUUUCAGACGGAUGGCGAGGCUUUUUAGGUCAGGUGGAAUCUGUUCUCUCUGAUCCAGUUCAUUUGCUGGCUUCCAUGGCUGCAGCACGCAGUGUUGUUUGCCUACAAACUUGUUCAAAUCUGGCAACCUGGCGGUGUCGAAAUACUAUUGGUGAGUGGCAGUGGGAGGGAUCACACAGGUCAAAAUAUAAACAGAAAUUCCGGGCCGGAAUGGAAACUUCAAAGUAGAAUAUACUGGCUGUAGCACUGUUAUCGGAGAAGACAGUAUUUCAACUUAGCAUGUUUCCUAAUUCUCUAAUAUUAUGGUCGUUUUAUGAUUUAGUACAGUACAAAUAUUACAUAUAGCACCUUUAAGUAUUGAAUAAUUGUUUGAAAUAUUCUGUACUUAAUGAUGUUUUCUAGGGGAAGAGUCACCCAGAAAACCUGAUGCGAUGCUUGCACAAGAUUUUAUUGUUUUAGGUGGAUGGUAAAACUUUGAAAAGGAGUGUUGAAUAAAGAUGGUUAAGUUGAUUUCAGCUCCUUAGUGUUUGUUUGUAUUUGUUUGAAAAUUCACCUGUGCAAUGCCUUUUGAAUAUUUUAUCAAGACAUUUCUCAUGGUACACUGACACACACACACACACACACACACACACACACACAGCAAUAAAAAAAAAAAAAAAAAAAAAAA